AUGUCUGGACGCAGUAAAACUGAAGGGAAAGGGCAGGCCAAGACCAAGACUUGCUCCUCCAGAACCGGUCUCCAGUUCCCCGUCGGCCGCAUCCAUUGGCUGCUGCGCAAGGGUCACUAUGCUGAGUGUUUCAGGGCCGGAGCCCCUGUCUACUUGGCCGCCGUCCUCGAGUACCUGACGGCCGAGAUCCUCAACCUGGAUGGCAACGUGGCCCAGGACAAUAGGAAGAACGGCAUCAUCCCCUGCCACCUGCAGCUCACCAUCCACAAUGUCGAGGAGCUCAACAAGCUGCUGGGGGGGGUCACCAUACCCCAGGGUGGUGUCCUGCCCAACAUGCAGGCUGUGCUGCUGCCCAAGAAGACCAGCCACCCCAGCGAUCAAACAGGAUGCCGAAGAGAGGAGUAUGCUGUCUUUCUGUGGACUAUCAUGCAGAAUGUGGGAAGGAACAAGAUCUCUGGUCAAAGUGACGCAUCCUGUGGCAAGUUAAAGUCUCAGGAAGAUUUGUCCUGGCCUGGCUGGGGGAAGGAAUCAUCGGCAGAGAAGAAUGCUCACAAUGCCUGUGAAUGUUCAUGGACUGGAGGUGGCCAGGCCAAGCUUAUGAUGUUAAGUUGUUUCAAGCAAGAGGCCCUGGAGCUUGAGAGGUGCCAUGUGCCUAGGUCAACUGGCGUUGGUGAGGCUGGAGUGGAACGGCCAGUUUACUGUGACCUAGUGUCUGAUAUGAUCUCUUCAGGCAUACCGAACAAGCUGAAAAUUGAACUCGUUGUGUCUGCCGGGGGCACACUUGAGAUCAAGGCUACCAUGGAGCUCCGUGAGGGUGCAAAGGUUCUUAGCGUUGAUGCGGCUGUUGUCCCUGACAUGCGUCGCACAUCCUCACUGCCUUCUCAAUAUCGUUGUCGAUCCCUGGCCAAUGCACAAUACACCCUUCCAGGCACUUUGUUUGCUCUAUGCCCAUAG